AAAUCAAUAGCAGAAAAACAGAAGCAAUGUUUGUGUUUUCGGAAUACGUUGGCUUACUUUAAACAUUCCUUAGCUCAAAGCUGUCUCGUUUCCACUCAAUUACUGCGAUCAUUCAACCGGCAAUCAGAGACUAUUUCAGGCCAAGACAAUGGGCAGGUCUCAAAGAGCCCCAUUGGUUCUGAUCGAAUUAGUUUAAUAUCAAUUGCCAGAAAUGCGAGCGUAUCGGAGCAGAGCGUUGAAUAACCGCGAAUUAUGAGAGGCCGUCGAGUUGUAACCAACUAAUUGCCAUACCACAGAGCCGGUUUGCCACUCCGGGCCAAACUGAAAAGCCGCAGCAUCGAAAAGCAAAAUCAAUAUCAAAAGGUGAGCACAGAAAAAGCGAGAGAGCGCGAGGCACCCAGAAAGCUUUUGAAGACAGGAGCAAGUUUUUUUGAGCCAAAGUGAACGUAGCUUUCGGCGAGUUGAAACCACACUCGAUUGAUUCAUUGCCACCGAGCCACUGAACCGCCUCGCAUUCCGCGAAUACCAAAAAAAACAAAGUCCGCCGAAAAUGUUGCGAACCUUUGCCAUUCUGCUGAUGAUCGCAGUGGCUAUAAAUGCGAGAGCCGCUCCACAGAGAACCACCAUUUCGCCGGAUGAUGAAACCACCGAGGAGAUGGUGGAGCAGUCCACCUACAUGUCCGUGGAGGAGGGAACGAUCACGGUGGACGUCGAUGCGGAUGUAAUACUGACCACCAGUCCCGAGGGCGAGAGCUUCACCGAGGCCAGUCCGAUGGCCUUGACGGAGGAGCCACUUCCGGACUCGGUGUUGCAGCAGCUUGCGCUGGAACGAGCCCAAGAGGAGCAGCUGAAGCAUCCCGAAAAGCCUGAAUCGGAAGUGGAGUUAAAGUCGGAAUCGGCAUCGGAAUCGGAGUCCGAGACUGAGACUCCAGUCACCACGGAGCCACCAAAUCCCUUGAAUACAACCGGCACCAUCAAGCGCAGCUUUAAGUUUGGCGCAACCACACUGCCACCGAGUUUUGUACCAACUACCAGUAGUCCAGAAACUAUCACCACUGUAACACCACUGGAGGGAACAACCAUCCAUUUUUCCGAGACCGAAGAAACCACCGAAUAUGAGGAGGUUGUGACCAUGCGGAACUUCUUCGAACGAGUGCCAGCGAAAAUGGAAGAGGUCGAUCUGGACAUGGCCGAGAACCGUAUGGAGACCACCACGAAUACACCACCACCCCAGGAGCCCAGGGAUCUGUCCAUGGUUGUGACCACCGAAGCCGCUUUGGUGGAGGAGAAUACAAAGUCCAGAAGUGAUGCAGAUCAGGAGGAGGAACCUAUGGAAACCACCGUGGUGCCGAUCUACCAGCUUUUCAAAAAUGCUGCUCCAAAAGUCACAGCACAGCAGACUGAGCUUAUCACUGAGUUGCCAAAGACAAGUGAAGGAGUAACCACCACAGAGUCUGCGAUAGAGGAAACCACAGAAGUGCCACUGGUUUCAUCUACAGCAGCCCCUGACACCACCACCGAGGCUGAGGAAACCACUACUCCAACUCCAAGCACCACCACGACAACAACCACAACCACCGAGGCUGUUCUGCUGACCACCAAGGUGGAUAUACAGCUCAAUGUUCAGCCAGAAACAACCACGAGUGCUCCGGAUGAGCCAACUACCAGUGCUCCAACCACAACGAGUACCACUGGUUAUCCAAGCACCACAAGUACUACUAGUACUACUAGCACCACAAGCACCACUAGCACCACUAGCACCACAAGCACCACUAGCACCACAAGCACCACUAGCACCACUCCAGCCACCACAACCACUACAGAGCGUCCCAUUCAGACGCGUGCUCCGCGGGUGGAGCGGAUCUUUAACUCGGACGGGGUGGAGGUGCUCUACGGCUACUCUUCGGUGGUGCGGACCAACCGCUCGUAAGUGGUGGUGGAGCCAGUGACUCGGGUGGCGGGGCCACCGAGAGGAACGCGACCUUGUCAAGGUCGGACAACUUGCCAUAAUGCAGAGACGUGGAGUGGGAGACAUUGAGCGAUUGAUGCUCGGUUUGUUUUAGGCAAUUUUCAAUUCUAAACGAGUUAUAAACAAAGAUAUUUAAAUUUCGUUCGACGGUCCCCAGCACAGUGUGAUAAACCAAAAAGCCAACGCUGCGUAAAAUGAUAUCGAUACAGAUACAAAUCCGCAAAGACGUGAAAACAAAACAAAUAUAAUAUUGUGCAAAAUUGUGUACGGUCUGCCAAAUGACAAAAAUGAAGAGAGAAAUGCUGAAGACAAACGAUUUUAUAAAUUAUAAAUAAAACAUGAACACCCAUCUACCGUUUCGCGUUUGCUUUGGCGAUUGCACAAAGCGUUAAUGUUGUUGAUCUGCAAAUAUCCCCUCUCAAAUGUGACACAACAUUGCAUCAACGUAAUGUGAUGGGAAAAGAUCAGUAAAGAGAAAUGGUAGGGUAUAGGAUUAAUUCUCGGAAAGAAAAAUGCAAAGUUUAAGUACUUUAAACACCAUAUAUAGAGCAUCCAAGUAGAGUGGUUCCCAGACUUCUUUCAAACUUAUUAUGAUUCAUAUUGUGGAUCGCUAGAGCAGCGCACCCAAGAAAUCAAACAAACCACGAGCACAGACAUUCAGCAGCCCACAAGUUGUUCGCUGCCCACCUGCGUUCGAAACUGAAUAAAUAAAACCGGCAACCGCCUCAAGAGUUGUCGUCAUACAUUUUUGGGCUUUUAUGUUCCGGCAGGGACGCGGACAGUCCGCCGGACAGACUCGUGGACCAGCCAGGCUGGCCGACUUGUUUGGUUUUGCUCCGGUCCAGGGGCUUGGGUCGCCUGGCAAAUUAUUCAUUCACCGAUCGCCAUCACAGGGGCACAGGGCUUUUGGGGAUUUUUAGGGUUUUGCAAUGAGUAUCACGUUCGCUUUGCCUUACUCUCGCUGGAAUUUGAAAGCAUUCGGCUAUAAAACAAACACCAACCGCUAAUUUCCAUUUGAACUUGAGCAGCAGGCGCUAAACUGCAUGUUGAAUGUGAAUCGAAUGAAUGCGGAUUGAAGGUGUUGGCGAUACGGGUUUUUUGGCCGAUCGAUUUGGUUUGUUGUUAUAACCAGCUGACUAACUCCACUCUAGGCCAUGGGAUGUGCAUUACCAAGCAGUUAGUCAUGUUUGUAAUAGAUA